AUGGCUGAAAACAAGUUCCUCGAGAUCGACAGGGACAACUUUCCCUAUGUCUUUAUGAAGAAUGUGGACAUUCCUCUCAAGACAUAUGAAAAGGGCACUCUUAGAGCGAAUGUCUUUUUACCCAAGGAUGCCGCUCCUUACGGAUCAAAGACUUAUCCUGUCAUUGCCACCUACGGUCCCUAUGGCAAGGAUGUUCCAUAUGGCUCCUUCUACAAGAAGAGCUGGGAACAGGUUAAUCCCGAGAUGAAAUCUGCCCACUCAGCUUGGGAGACCCCUGACCCUGCCUUCUGGACGAGCAAGGGCUACAUCGUCGUGAGAACCGAUGAGAGAGGCGCAGGCCAAAGUCCAGGUCUUCUCGACACCAUGUCUCGCGGCACCAGCGAAGCUUUCUUCGAUGUUGUGGAGUGGAGCGCUGAGCAAGAAUGGUCUUCUGGUAAGGUCGGACUUCUAGGAAUUAGUUACUACGCUGGUACUCAGUGGCGAGUUGCUGCUCGAAAACCGAAGGGAUUGGCUGCCAUCAUACCUUGGGAGGGCAUGAGUGAUUACUAUCGUGACAGAGUCCGCCAUGGUGGCAUCCUAUCUGAUAGAUUUAUCAAGUUCUGGUGGAACAACGGUGUUAGCCCAAACCAGUAUGGGAAGCCUGGUCGUGCAGCUCGGAAAUGGGGUCAAGAUACUCUGGAAGGUGACCUCGAUGAGGAAACACUUCUUAAGAACCGCAGAGAUCAAACCAUAGAUACGGCAGUUCAUAAGUUCCGCGACGAGGAAUACUAUCGCACGCGGGACUUCGACAUGGAGGCGAUCGAAACUCCCCUCCUCAGUGUGGCCAACUGGGGUGGAAUUCUACUGCAUCUACGAGGAAACGUCCUCGGCUGGAUGCGCGCCAGCUCUAAGUACAAGUUCCUCCACUUCAUUGUCGGAAGACACGACCUCCCCUUCUACUAUCCUGAGUCAGCUGAGCUUCAACUCUCCUUCUUCAACUCGUUCCUUAAGGGUAACGACGAAGAUGGUUGGAAGACAGGGAAGCAGCCGAGAGUUCGUCUGUGUCUGCGCAAGGGAGAGGCUGGCGUCGAUGACCCAGAGCGUGAGAGGAAUUUCCCCAGCAGAGACGAGGCAGACUGGCCCUUGCCUGGAACUGAGUAUACCAAGUUCUUCUUGACGCCGGAGAAUACGCUCAGCAAGUCGCCAUCAGCCAAGUCUGGAUCCAUCCAAUAUGAUGCACUGAAGGGCGAACCUAUCACUUUCAAGUACACCACCCAGUCCAGUCUGGAGAUUACCGGCCACAUAGUCGCCCACCUCACUGUGUCGGCAUCGCGCAAGUCACCAGACUCUCCUCCACCACCCGACAUCGACCUUUUCGUCACCCUUCGCAAGCUAAACAAGGAAGGCAACGAGGUGUUUUACACGGGCACAAUGGGAGACCCCGUCCCCAUCGUCAAGGGUUGGCUCCGCGUUUCUCUCCGCAAAGUGGAUACAGAAAACGAGUUCCACAGGAGUUUCCUGCCUUAUCGCAACUACUACGAAAGCGAGGUCCAACCUGUAGAGGAGAACCAAAAGUACGAAGUCGAUGUUGAAGUUUGGCCGACAAACGUUGUCUUGGAACCUGGAGAGACUCUUGUUCUGGAGAUUGCGGGCCACGAUACUCAGGGUGUGGGCAAUUUCUCCCACGAUCACGAGGAUGACAGGAGUCCCAGAGUCUUUGAUGGGCUGAAUAAUGUGCAUGUUGGUGGAGAAGCGAGUUGGUUGACCCUCCCGGUUAUCAACGGCAGUACAUAG